AUGAGAGAUGAAGAAUUGGAACUUACAAAACGACGUCGUGACGUUCAGAUGGAUGGAUUUUGCGAACCGAUCGGUAAUGAAAACAGACGAGGAGCAUCAGUUCUUGUUAAUGGGAGCCCCACUGAGAAGUUUCCGAUCCAGCGUGGUCUUCGCCAAGGGAUCCUAUGGCCCCUUUCUUGUUUAUCAUUGCUACGGAAGGACUCCACAUUGCUUUUGACAACCUUGUCCGGAAUGGAAAAAUCAUCCAUAAUUGGUGUAGGCGUGCAGGAAAAUGAGGUGUCCCGGAUGGCUUUGUCUUUUGGUUGUAAACCUGAAAAAUUGUCAUUUAAGUAUCUUGGUAUACCUGUCGGAGGUAGCUCGGCCAGGAUUAAUAUGUGGGAUCCUAUUGUGGUAAAAUUCCAUAAAAGAUUAUCUAACUGGAAAGGGAAUCUCUUAUCCAUCGGUGGAAGGACUACUUUGAUUAUUUCGGUGCUUGGAUCUCUCGGUUUAUACUUUUUGUCUCUGUACCGUAUGCCUAAAGAGGUGAACAACAAUCUGGAAGCUAUGAGAUCGAAGUUCUUUUGGGGUGGUUCCAAAAAUCAAAAAAAGAUUGCCUGGGUUAAAUGGAACACGGUUCUGGCUGCCAAGGAAGAUGGGGGUUUGGAAAUCGGUAGUCUUGAAGCCAUGAAUCAAGCUUUACUAUAUAGAUGGAGGUGGAGGGCUUUAAUUAUCCAACCCUCAAAGUCAUUGGGUUCAGAUUAUUGA